AUGGCCUACAGAACUAACAAGCAGGAUUCGGACACUUCCGACAAAGAGGAUGACGAUGAACUACCACUAAAACCUGAUGUGCCUGAUAAAGAGGAUGGCGAGCCGUCUGAAAAGAAAAAGGCUGCUAACAUCUGGGCAGAUUCACUUCUAGAGCAAGGGCUGCUGCAAAGAGGAUCUCGAAUUGCACUUGAGAAAAAUGUAAGCGAAGGAUUCUUCAUUGAUUGGGAGUAUCGAAAUUUCUUUAGAAAGAUUUAUGUGUGCCGCGUGGGGUCGAGACGUAUCAGGUUCCUUCCACUUUCAAGAGAGUCGAGCAGGAUGAUUUCAAUGCGGUAAGC